UAUCUCAGUACCAAAAAGACCGUAGGACGGGCUCGCAGCUAGUGACGCUCGGCCCGCGAGCGAACGCCGCAUAGUCAUCUCAAUUUUUUUCUCUCGGAUUACAAAUGAGAUAGUCGAAUCGCUCCGUCGACCUUCGCCGGAAGGGGAAACGACUCGAACAAUAGCGUUUCAUGGAAAAUAAAGAAACUGACAAAACGCUUCGAGCUACAAAUUCAUAACGAGACGAUCCUUUUCAACAAACUUCAACUUCGGCAGCGAUGGCAGAUAACGACAAUAUGUACGACGACGAGGAGCUCGUUUCAACGAACCCCAAUCAGAGAAAUUGGCGAGGAAUCUUGAUAGCAUUGUUGGUAAUCAUUGCGGUCCUCGCCUUGAUCGUCACGUCCGUGGCGCUUUUAACACCCCCCGACGAGGGUCCUCGUGUUAAGGGCACCCGUUUACGGCUCUCGGAGGUGCUAUCGGGAGAAUUAUCUCCUCCGUUGUUCAAUGGUACUUGGGUGAGCGAGCGUCAUAUAUGCUAUCGAGAUGCCUGGGGUGGCAUAUCGCUGCUCGACGCCUCCGAUCCCAACGUCACGUCGCACAGUCUCAUGCCGAACGAGACUUUCAGGCGGCUAAAUCCCGUGCAAUUUUCCUUAUCACCGGAUCAGCAGUAUCUUCUCAUCGCUCAAAACGUCAAGAAACUAUUUCGGUUUUCAUACCUCGCUCAAUAUACCGUCUACAAUGUGAAAACACGUGAAACUUUGUCACUCACCCCAAACCCGGAGAAAUACGUCCAUCCCUAUCUACUUUAUGCCCAGUGGACACCCCGUGGCCAUGGACUCGUCAUGGUACAGGAUUACGAUAUUUAUUACAAAACCGAUCCAACGAGUAACACCGAAUAUCGAGUCACUGACACUGCUGUGCCCGGUAUCAUGUCCAAUGGAUUUCCCGAUUGGCUUUACGAAGAAGAGGUGCUGCGGAGUGCAGAAGCAAUUUGGAUGUCGAAAGACGGGCACAUGAUGCUGUACGCAACGUUCAACGAUUCCCAGGUCGAGGAAAUGCACAUUCCAUGGUUCGGGGAGGAAAGCAAAGCUCUUUAUCCCGACAUACGAUCGCUGAGGUAUCCGAAGCCCGGAACUCCGAACCCUUUGGUCAAUCUGUUCGUUGCCGAUCUUGCCGAUCCAACGAAAAUUCGCACGAAGAUAGUCGAACCGCCAGCUGCGAUCGAGCAUGUAGAACAUUAUUUCACCACCGCAUCGUGGAUCUCGGUGACAGAAGUUUGCGUAACGUGGCUUACACGAGCUCAGAAUUUGUCGAUAGUCACCGUCUGCAAGAGUCCACUCUGGCGCUGUCAGGAAAUUCAGAGAAUCACAGAAUCCAAGGGCUGGGUUGACACGCCACCAGAAUCGCCGAUAUUCUCGCUAAACGGGAGCAGCUACAUAGCAAUAGCGCCGGUGCGAGAUGGACCGGAGGCUGGCUAUUACAAGCACAUAGUUUGGGUUAACGUGUUGAAAAAGCAGGUCGUACCGUUGACUCAUGGUCGGUGCGAGGUUGUCAAAAUACUAGCAUGGGACCAAGAUAAUAAUACCAUAUAUUUCAUCGGCAUACCGCCGUUGAGACCAGGACAGCGUCACCUCUAUCGCGUGAGCUCGAUCCUACCGGAAAUCGGUAGAUCAUUGCAUCCGGCGGUUUGCAUAACUUGUUCGAAAGCAGCCAAGGCCGAAGGUCGAUAUGCGCUUUCCGAUAGCGAAACGGACCUCCACGCGGGGAUCGCGAAUCGGUACAGCAGCUGGACCGACCAAAAUGAUUGGAGCGAGCAGUACGAGGCCGAUGUCGAAAACGCUGUGAACAAGGAUCAGCGCGUCGUCGAACCACCCCCUGCCAAGAAGGAUAAGAACAAAAGUAAACCGGCCGCAAAUGCAACGAGCGAUGUAAAUAUUGCAUUAACGGAUCUUAACGAAGGAUUAUCAAACGAGACGGACACCAACGAACACGUCACAUCUGCCAAAGCGGUAGAAACUUGUCAGUAUCACAACGCUAUUUUUUCACCGAGCCUCGAAUACUUCGUCCUCGAAUGCCUCGGCCCUGGAGUGCCGACCGUUGCUCUCUAUAAAACUGAGCUCCCCGCACCGCGGUUCAUCAGUUUGCUCCAAAAUAAUACUCUCCUCAGGGAAAGAAUAGCCAAAAUAGCGCUUCCCCAAAUAAAGACGUUCCCGGUGCAGAUAAGCGGUGGCUACAACGCCCAAGUGAGGCUCCAUUUGCCACCGGGUUUGCGGGAAGACGAGAUAACUCGUUAUCCGAUGGUAGUCCAAGUUUACGGUGGGCCUGGUUCCCAGCUGGUCACGGAUAUGUUCAAAAUCGAUUGGAACACGUAUUUGGCGAGUCGGAAAAACGUGAUAGUGGCUCAGAUCGAUGGACGAGGCAGCGGUGGGCAGGGUUACAAGAUGCUUUACGAGGUUUAUUAUCAAUUGGGAACCGUCGAGGUCGACGAUCAGCUCGAGGUUACCGAGUAUCUUCGUGACUCCCUCCAUUUCGUUGACAAACGACGAGUCGCCGUUUGGGGCUGGAGUUACGGGGGUUUCGCUGCUGCGCUCGCGCUCGCCAAGCCCGAGCAGGAUGUCUUUCAAUGCGGCAUCAGCGUCGCUCCGAUCGUAUCGUGGAAACUUUAUGACUCAGCGUAUGCAGAACGAUACAUGGGCUUGCCUAACGUAACGUCCAACUACAAGGGAUACGCCGAGUCCGAUGUCUACAAUAAAAUUGAGUACCUGCGCAAUAAAAUGUUUUAUCUCGUACAUGGUACUGCAGACGAUAAUGUGCAGUUUCAACAGUCUAUGGCUCUCGCUCGUCAUCUCGCCAAAAAAGGAAUCCUCUUUCGCCAACAGGUAUAUCCAGACGUGAGUCACAGUUUGGCAGGUGUGAGGGGUCAUUUGUACCUGUCGAUGGCGCAGUUUUUGGACGAUUGUUUUCUCAAGCAAGUGCCAGCUGAUUCCAAAGCGGGACUCGGAAGUGGUGGUGCUGACAUAUAACGAGGAGAGAAAACGGGGAGUGAUACGGAAAGAUGAUGAUAAAGAACGAACGAGUUGGAUUCAAGGCUUGGAGUAAAGAAUCAAGAAAAUGGCAAAAUACUCUCGGAGAAAAGACGAUAAAAGUAAAGGCAGAAAGAUGCAAUCCAAAUAUCUCCAAAUUGUGUUCCGUUCAAUAGAAAUCUAUUCAGAAAAGAGAUAAAAACAAAGCAAAAUACUACAAACGUACAGAAUUUAUCCUCUCAUUAUCGUUCCUUCGCCUUGAUCACGACACGCUCGCGCAAUGCCAAAUUUUUUUGCACAAUAUUCGUUGCUGUUUCUGGUCGAUCUCUGUUUUAUUUAUUUUUUUUUUUUUGUUUUUUUUCCCCUCAUUUCAACAAAAGUAUUUAUCGGUCAAUACGUAUAUUUAAUAAUUCGAUUACACACACACAGAGUAUAUAUAUAUAUAUAUAUUGCAGAAUAAUAUACAAUUUACAAAGAUUCGAUCGGGGUGCGACGAAUAGAGCGAGUUUCGAGCAAAUUUUCGCGAGUGUCGUAUGGAAAAAAAGUCGUCGAAAAUAUUUAGACUCGUGAAAGCGUCGAUGUUUCUGUGAGACUGCGUCGCACGUUUAUGUAUAAAAUUUCAUUCGAUCGCUGUAUUAUAGUAAUUGAGCACGUGACGUUAUGCAUCACGUUGAAACGAGAAAAAAGGAGAAUUUGAAAGAAGAAAAAAUAAAAAGAAAGGAAUAAAUCGUCAUUACGUUAUUUUGAAGAUUCGCUCUUACACGAGAAAGAAAAUGGAAAUGUAAACGAAGAGUAUCGAAUAACACACACGAAACACGAAUUAAGGCGAUACGCCGAUAGGAAGCUGACUCGAUAAAACUCUGAAAUUAACGUAUGAUUCGAGUAUUUGUGGGAUCUGGCACAUGAAUUCUCAAUUAUUCUAUUUAAUAACGAAAAAAAAUAAUAAAAAAAAAAAUUAAAAAAAAAAAUUGAAAAUAAUAAAAACAAAACAAAAAAUGAGAUAAAAUUAAACGAAUUAUAUCGAUUUCUUAUAACGUAGAAAAUUAUCGGUCCCCCUCGAAAUUUUGUCUUUCUCGCAUCCUCAUUCGUAGCUCACUCAGUUUUAUUUUCGUGAAAUUGUACGUAAUUCGAAAAUAAUGAAUAAGCCAAUGUGUUUAGAUGGUAUUGUUUCCUCGUUUGUAAAUGAUUCGACAAGAGAGAAAUUACGAGUGGGAUUGAAUUUUGAAUGGGUCACAAGUCAGGCAGCGACUUGAUGAAUUUUUUGUUGGAACAUCUUCCGAGAUGGAGGAGCAUGUGGUUCUUGAGAUUGGUCGGUUUGCUGAAGCCACGACUGCAGAUGUGACAGCGGAAUGGCCAAAGUCCGUUGUGCACGUACAUGUGACUCUUGAGGUCACCCGGGGUGGGAAAUGAUUUCGAGCAUUGGGAACAUUUGUGAGGUUUUUCCUGAAAACGUCAAAUUACCUAUAUAAAUGUAUAUAAUUCGAUGAUUCACCUGUAAAUUUAAUAGAACAAUAAAUGUACCAAUUUUUUUUGUAAA